GGAUUGCAGCAAAGCAUGCGCGCGCGGGUCCAAGCGCAGAUCCGCACGGUAGCGCCACCCAGAGGCCGUGCCCCGCAGAGCGCCAAGGCUACGGGAACACGCACGUCUCGCGAGACCAGGAGUUUAUUUGAACGCAUGCGCGCCGUGUUGGCCUCUCUCUUCCGUCAUUGCAGCGCGAGCGGCCAUGAGGUAAAUGAUCAUCGGGGUGCCACCCGCCGCCAUCCGGGGUCGUCCGUCGCCAUCCGCGCAUCCAGCAGCAAAGUUUCUCGCGACACCCUGUACGAGGCGGUGCGGGAAGUCCUGCACGGGAACCAGCGCAAGCGCCGCAAGUUCCUGGAAACGGUGGAACUUCAGAUCAGCUUGAAGAACUACGAUCCCCAGAAGGACAAACGCUUCUCGGGCACCGUCAGGCUUAAGUCCACGCCCCGCCCCAAGUUUUCCGUGUGCGUCCUGGGGGACCAGCAGCACUGCGAUGAGGCCAAGGCCGUAGACAUCCCUCACAUGGACAUUGAGGCCUUGAAGAAACUCAACAAAAAUAAGAAGUUGGUCAAGAAGCUGGCCAAGAAGUAUGAUGCCUUUCUGGCCUCCGAGUCUCUGAUCAAGCAGAUCCCACGAAUCCUGGGCCCAGGCCUGAACAAGGCUGGCAAGUUUCCAUCUCUGCUGACACACAAUGAAAACAUGGUGGCCAAAGUCGAUGAGGUGAAGUCCACAAUCAAGUUCCAGAUGAAGAAGGUGCUGUGUCUGGCUGUUGCUGUCGGUCACGUGAAGAUGACAGAUGAUGAACUGGUCUACAACAUCCACCUGGCUGUCAAUUUCUUGGUGUCAUUGCUCAAGAAGAACUGGCAGAAUGUCCGGGCUUUAUAUAUCAAGAGCACCAUGGGCAAGCCCCAGCGCCUAUAUUAGGGCUCUUCUAAUAAAUCCGAGUGCUACCAUCCCUCA